AUGGACCCUUCAGAACAGCAUUUACAACAAUACCCACCAUUAUACCCUCCUGUUCCUCCUGUUCCUCCUCUUCCGCCUUCAUCGCAACAACAGAAGUUCAUAUACAGAAGACCAUCAAGACAAUGCCCCAUUUGUGGCAAAAUAGUCACAAGAUCAAGUUCCUUGCAAACGCAUAUGUUGGUUCAUACGGGCGAUAGACCGUUUAAAUGUAAAUGGUUGAACUGUGGGAAGACUUUUAACGUGAAAAGUAAUAUGAAUAGACAUUACAAGCUGCAUUUGAAGCAACAGCAGCAACAAUCGAAGCCAUGA